AUCACAUUCUCAAUCUCUCAAACUCUUCUCUUCUCUUCCUCUUCUUCUCACCACAAACCAAACCCGAAAUGGUGAAAUUCUCAAAGGAGCUUGAAGCUCAACUAAUACCAGAAUGGAAGGAGGCCUUUGUCAACUACCGACAGCUCAAGAAAUACAUCAAAAUCAUCAAACUCAAAAGACUUCUCAACCAAUCACAGCCCCCCCAACAAACCUUUGGUCGUUCCAUUUUCGAUUCUCUUCGCUUCGUAAUCAACAAGCUCUACAAUUCACACAACGACAACAACAUGCAAGAUAUCAUUCAGGUGAAGAAAACAAUAACAGAAGAAAGUGAAGAAGUAUAUGAAACUGAACUGGCACAGUUGUUUGUGGAAGAAGAUGAGGUGCAAGUGUUUUUUGCAAAGCUUGAUGGAGAACUUAACAAGGUUAACCAAUUCUACAAGAAACAAGAGAUUGAGUUUGUUGAAAGAGGAGAAAUAUUGAACAAGCAGCUUAACAUAUUGCUCGACCUUAAGCAACUUCUCAGUAACACACGCAGAAAAAAUCACUCUCUCAGACCUUCAAAUACUGAAAUUUUCCCUCACUCUCCUAGCCAACGUUCAGAAAGUGUUGGAAAACGAAAAAAUUCAUCAGAUUCGGAGGUUUCAGAGAUGGAUGAAGUGAUCUCAACGUUGGAAAGGAAUGGUUUAAGUUUUGUGAACUCAGCAAUGAGGGUGAAGACAAAGAAGGGAAAGCCUCAAACGGCCAUAAGAAUUGAUAUUCCGGCCACCACUCCAACGGCGGUUACUUCCAUGCUGUGGGAGGAUUUGGUGAAUAGUCCAAUGAAAGCAGCAGGGUGUGGAGGAGAGGUCAUCAACAAGAGAAAAAUUCAGUGUGCUGAGAAGAUGAUUAGAAGUGCUUUUGUGGAGCUCUAUAAAGGUCUUGGUCUUCUCAAAACUUAUAGUUCGUUGAAUAUGGUAGCAUUCACCAAGAUACUCAAGAAAUUUGACAAGGUAUCUUGUCAAAAAGCUUCUACAAAUUAUUUGAAGGAAGUGAAGAGAUCCCAUUUCAUUAGUUCUGAUAAGGUUGUUAGACUAAUGGAUGAAGUGGAAUGCACAUUCACAAAGCACUUUACCAACAAUGAUAGGAAAAGAGCAAUGAAGUUUUUAAGACCACAACAACAGCCAAAAGCUUCUCAUAUGGUCACCUUCCUUGUUGGGUUGAGUACAGGUUGUUCUGUAUCCUUGUGUUGUGUAUACGUAAUCUUGGCUCAUUUGUGUGGUAUAUUCUCUCCCAACACAGAGCAAGCAUAUAUGGAUGCAGUUUACCCUGUUUCCAGCAUGUUUGUAUUACUAAGCCUACACCUGUUUAUGUAUGGAUGCAAUCUGUACAUGUGGAAGAGUACGAGAAUCAACCAUAAUUUCAUAUUUGAGUUUUCACCAAGCACAGCACUGAGACACAGAGAUGCAUUUCUGAUGUGCACCACUCUCAUGACAACUGUGUUUGGGGCAAUGGUGAUGCACCUGCUUCUAAGGGCUGCAGGUUUUUCUCCUAGCCAAGUUGAUGCUAUUCCAGGAAUUGUUUUUCUGUUCUUUGUAGGCCUUCUCAUUUGCCCAUUUGACAUUUUUUAUCGCCCUACUCGUUUCUGCUUCAUCCGUGUUAUUCGCAACAUAGCUUGCUCUCCAUUUUAUAAGGUUCUUCUGGUAGACUUUUUUAUGGCUGACCAACUAACUAGCCAGAUUCCAUUGCUAAGGCAUUUGGAAACAGCAGGUUGUCACACUUUUGCUAGAGUUUUCAAGUCACACCACCCAGAGACUUGCCAUUCUGGAAGGCUGUACGUAGAAAUAACCUAUCUCAUAUCAUUUUUGCCAUAUUGGUGGCGUGCAUUGCAGUGUGCAAGAAGAUGGUUUGAUGACAAUGAUAUUAACCAUUUGGCCAACAUGGGGAAGUAUGUUUCAGCAAUGGUUGCAGCAGGAGCCAGAGUGACAUAUGGCAGGCAAGAUAAUAAUCUAUGGUUUGCUAUAGUCUUUAUCACUUCUGGGGUGGCCACAGUUUACCAAUUGUAUUGGGAUUUUGUCAAAGACUGGGGAUUUUUCAAUCCCAACUCCAAAAACCCUUUGCUAAGGGAUGAUCUAAUUCUGAAGAACAAAAGCAUAUACUACAUGUCUAUUGCAUUGAAUGUUGUCCUGAGAGUGGCUUGGGUGGAGACUAUCACGCACCUCAAUGUGGGACCUGUUCAAAGAAGGCUACUAGACUUUUUUUUAGCUUCACUUGAGGUUAUUCGAAGAGGUCAUUGGAAUUUCUACAGAUUGGAGAAUGAACAUCUAAACAACGUAGGACAUUUCAGGGCAGUGAAGGCAGUUCCUCUACCCUUUCGUGAUAUAGACUCAGACAACUGAAAUGAUUUUCUCACAGGUGUGCACAGAUUGUCCUGUGAAAGAGACUUGCAAUUGCCCUAAGGGAAUAAAAUUUUGAAGGUCACAUCCCUCACCAUGCAUUGGAUACCGGUUAAUUGAAGUAUCAAUGGAAAGUACAAACCAAUUUUAGUGCCAAAAAAAAUGCAUAAAAGAUGGCAUUUUGUCGUGUGAAUUGGCUCUGACAGCUUUUGGAUUUCAUGUUCUAGAUCAGCAUCAUUGGUAACUUGUUGAUUUAGAAUGUGGGUUUGAAGAUCAUGUAUCCAAUGUUUUGUAAAUUGCAAUUAAGAAAACUGGAAGCGUUGAUUUAAUUUGUAGAAGUGAGAUGAAAA